AUGGCGGCGGCGAUGUUGAUGUCGGACUGUCAGCUCGGUACGGCAAGCGGUGGCGGCGGAGGAGGAUUAAACGGAUUUGAUGGCGGAGGAGGCACAGGCCACAACGGCCCCGCAUCGGGUCACCCCCCUUGGAACAGAAGUUUGGAGCGGGCCUUGGAGGAAGCUGCUGCGACCGGAGUGUUGAACUUAAGCGGGAGGAAACUGAAGGAGUUCCCGAGGAGCGCGGUGAACCAGGACUUGACAGAUACUACGCAGUCGGAUCUAUCCAAGAACAGAUUAGUGGAGAUUCCAGCUGAAGUUUGUUACUUUGUGUCAUUGGAGAGCCUUAACCUCUAUCAGAACUGUAUACGAAGUAUUCCAGAAGCCAUUUUAAAUCUACAAUCGUUAACCUUCUUAAAUAUCAGUCGCAACCAACUCACAACAUUACCUGGACAUAUCUGUACUCUCCCUUUAAAAGUUCUGAUUGCAAGUAACAACAAAUUAAUAUCAUUGCCAGAAGAGGUGGGAUUACUACGGCAAUUAACAGAACUUGAUGUCAGUUGUAAUGAGAUACAGACAUUACCAUCACAGAUGGGAAACCUGGAGAUUUUAAGAGACCUGAACCUAAGGAGAAAUCACUUAGUAACUUUACCAGAAGAACUUGCAGAUUUACCACUUGUGCGAUUAGACAUCUCCUGCAAUAAAGUGACAACAAUUCCAGUCUGUUACCGAAAUUUGCGGCAUCUUCAAACAAUUAUAUUAGAUAAUAAUCCCUUGCAGUCUCCACCAGCACAGAUUUGUAUAAAGGGGAAAAUCCAUAUAUUCAAAUACCUUAAUAUUGAAGCAUGUAAGAAUGUUCCAGAACUACCAGAAUUUGACAGAACAAGACCAACUGGGUUCAACUCAUGUCAGGAAGAGUAUUUCACAGGUCGACCAUAUGGAGCACUGGACUCAGGCUUUAACAGUGUUGACAGUGGAGAUAAAAGAUGGUCAGGGAAUGAGCCUGCAGAUGAAUUUCCUGAUGUUCCACAACGAGUGGCUGAAAUUGCAAAGGAGCAAAGGCAGCGACGAGAGUGUCAGCAUCAUGAACAGCGAUCUUCAUUACUCAUGCCAAAUGGCAUAGUUGAACAUGAUCUAGAACAGAUUGAUUACAUUGAUAGCUGUCCAGUCGAGGAAGAGGAGGAGGAAGUUCGGUUGUUAAAACGUCCUGAGUCCACUAGCCUCAGUUCACAAUUUAUGGCAUAUAUUGAAAAGAGACGCAUUAACUAUGAGGGUUCUUCUGUGAAGUCACCAAAGCUUAUUGGAGAUCCACAAAGAACGGAAAAUGGGAGGAGUUGGUUACAACAGAGCAGUGAAUUUUCAGAAGCUGGCAUAGUGUCAAAAACUACUGGUCAAUAUGUGACUUCGAAUGCUGGAUGCACAGAGUUGGAACCACAGAAAAAGCGUGAGCAGUUAAUGGUCGAACGGACUAGAAGAGAGGCACAAAUUGCAGCUGAACAAUAUGAAGAAGAGCGAAUCCGAACAAAACAAAUACAGAAAGAAGCUGUUCUUGACUUUGUGAGAAAAAAAAGUGGCCAGAGCCCUCAGAAACAGAAUCCUUCAGGCAGCGAUCACAGUGAUCACCCCAAACAUUACCCUGUCAGACGGUCUCAGCACACAGAUGAUAGCGCCUUAUUAGUGAAUGGCUUUGAACCACACUUCUUCUUUGAGAUUGAUAAUAACACCAAUACCAUUAAACGGAGGCCUGGCUCUCACACCAAGAAUGAAGACAAAGCACCCAUGUCACCGAAUGUAACUACCCAAUCAUCUGCCCAUACUGUCCAACCUGGUCUUCCUUAUCCUGGUUCUUCCCCCAAUGUUUACAAGCAGGCCAUGCAACCUAACCGACCUGAAAGCUUUCUCUUGAGAGCAACCAUGCGUGAUGAAAUGAAAAAAGAUGGGAACUUUUCUGCUUCGUCCUCUAUAAACCCUGGUCAGGGUUCUGAAAUCCCGAUGAUGCUGCAGAACCAAAAACAAUAUGAGGAUGAACAGAGAGCAGUGCAGCAACUGAGGAAGAACAUUGAAUCACGGUUAAAGGUUUCACUCCCAGGUGAUCUUGGAACAGCACUUACAGAUGGUGUUGUCCUCUGUCAUCUGGCUAAUCAUGUGAGACCACGGUCAGUCCCUAGUAUCCAUGUCCCAUCUCCAGCAGUGCCCAAACUUACAAUGGCAAAAUGCAGACGAAAUGUGGAGAACUUCUUAGAGGCAUGUAAGAAAAUUGGUGUACCACAGGAUGUCCUUUGCUCUUCAUCUGAUGUGCUCCAAGCCAACCUCCUCAGCACUCAAAAGACGGUUGACAUGCUACUGACUUUGGGAGCAAGCAUAACCAGUCCUGUUCUUGCCCCUCUCUCUGGUGGCCAGCUUGCAGGCUUUGCUCUCUUUUACGUCAAUGUUAUGCUUCUGCUUUUUGCUCUGUACCAUUGGGUCACUGUAUUCUAAUUAGAAGAGAAGGUAUGUGCAAGGGGAAGGAUGAGAGAGAGGGAGUCUGUAACUGAACUGCACUACUGGUUUUGAUUGAAUAAAGUUCCAUAGAAAAUGUUUUCUAGUACUUCAAGGUUUUUAAUAGAGAUCAAUGAUUAGAUUUCUAUAGUUUGGAGAAGAAACCAUUCAUAGUGCCUUCAAUUCAUUUUGCAUUUAAUGGGUUUUAAGCCAAGUUCUAUUUUCUUUUAACCAUUCGGUCUUCUCAGGCCACUCUUUGGAUGAAAUAUCCAUGCAUGCAUACACACUCCAAAAAAACUUAAAUAAUUGUCAUGACUAUUUAUGAUUAUCUUGAUAAUCAGAUUAAAAUAUUUCCAAAAUAACAAGACUUGUUUACAUACUUUUGGGGCUCGUUCUAAGGGCAGGACUUCAUUGGAAAAUAGAUCAAGUAGUUACAAUCAACAUUAGUUAAGAUAUUUUGCUCCCUUUUAAUGCUGCCUUUGGAUUACCAGAUACUCUGUCUUCAAAACAGCUUCUUUAUUUAUUCUAUCAAACUGUGAUCCAUUUGGAUUAUAUUUGCAUUAAGUUGAUAAUCCUGACUUUUAUAUGUGGUUGAGUGGCUUGUGUAACAGUUGAGGUUGCAGACUAUUGAUUAUCUUCAUUUACUGUGAAUCUGUACACAUAGGCCUUUAGAUGUUUGUUAGCCACAUGGCUAUUGUUUCUCUGCCUUCAAUAUUACUAUUACAGGGUGUAUUAAAGCGCAACUGUUCAAAGCCAUAGCAAGAAUAGGUUCAGUAGUAAUAAUCUGAAUUUUUUGGGGGGGGAAAUAAUGCUUUCAGAAAAAUUAUGUAGAACUUUUAAUGUAUCAAGUGUAAAUCACCUUGGUCCUGACUCCACAGUUGAACGUCUACCACGUUUUAAAAAUUGUUCAGGAAAUGCAGACUGUUUCAGAGCAAUUUCUGCCUGGUCUCUGGAAAUAAAUAAAAUUCAACAUAACAUUAUGCAACAAAGAAUGUAACCAAAAUUAAUGGAGUAAAGAUUGGCUCACCUAGGUACAGAAAAAAUCUUUCUACAGUACUUAAAUAUUUGCAUGUUGUAACUUGAGAACUUGCUUUUCUCAAGUACAGAAAUCUUAUCUAGCCAAAUACAUCAUUGAUAGUUUAAUUUAUAUUUGACAUUUUUGAUGUUUUUGAUUAAGACACUAACAUCAAAGAAAAAAAGGACUGAUGAAAAUUUGAACUAUCUUCUUUUGCCUUUCAUCAUGAAACAUCAAAAGAUAUUUUAUGUUUUAUAAAGACUUUUUAAAUAACACCUUGUCAUGCUCAGUUUAUAAAUAAAAUAUUAUUGAAUCCUUGAUCAGCAAAAACAAAUACUUUACGAACAGAUAGCAUAACAAUCUUCCAGGUAAUAUUUAUGCCUGUUUUCCUGGACAACAGUUAAUAUUACACAAUUUGCAAGUUUUUUCAUCCUCUUUUCAGAGUGGUUGACAUUUAAUGAGUUAGUAGUCAUUACUAUCUGUAAUUAGAUCACUGAAAAUUAUUUUGUUGUAGUCAGAAUUAGUUAUACAAGACCUGAUUCAAUCCGUUUUCAUUUUUCCCAUAUUAAUCACGUCUUGCAUUGUACCAAAGAUGAAAUCAGUGCAACAUAUUCACAGGAGAGUGCAUAGAAAUGUAACAAUUGUGAUUUGUUUACAAUUCUGCUCAACUCUGAGACCUAAAUUUACAAUUGCCAAAGGGGAUACAAGCCAUUUUAAGGAGUAAGUGCUCUUCUCUGAAUCUUAACUUUUAGCUUCUUUGCCCUUACUAUAGCUCAUGCUGGGGAAUGAGUCCAUGAUAAGAAUCCACCUCUUAUUUUUGCCAUGUGCUUCUGUAAAGUGAUUGCUGAAUGGGAUGCUCAAACAUAACCAAUCAGUGUAAACAUUUAACUUUUCAGCACUGUAUGUAUAUACCUCUUUCCAGCAGGAUAGAAGUCAGAAGUGGGGAAUAGUGGGCUUAUUUAUUUUUUCAAUACCCCAGUAUUAAAGACAAAUUUUAACAGCUCUACUGGUUCUUGAUUGAUCAACUUGAUUCACUUCAAAUGUGUAAGCCUAGACUUAUAUAUUCUGCAGAGCACAGGAAUGUAUUUUAUGACUCAAUCAGUGAUGGAUUUUUGUAAAAUUAGUGUUAACAGGUAAACAUUAUUUUUCAUUAAUUAAAGCAAGAUGUUUUGAAAGGUGUUUUGAAGAUACAGCACAUAAUAUUCUGUAAUAAAAAUAUAAAUUUUCUCAAGAUGUUAAAAAUAUUUGAACUUCCUUGAUGCUGGAAGAUGUAAAUAAUGUCUCUUUAGUUUGAGAGUUGACUUGUGAUUGUUGAAAUAGAAGUCCAAAGUAUUCAGUAGUUCAGUCAACGCUUACAAGGUCAGAACCAGUGAGAGCUGCUAUUGAUUUUAUGUAAGUAAGAAUCUAAACACCAAAAAUAUUAACUUUUUAAUUAACAGAAACAACACCUGAUGAAAGAAUACUAUAUUUGUAAUUUCUGUACCCAAUAAUAUUUGCAUUCAAAGAAUUUUCCAAUUCAUAUAAAGUUCCAAUUUCACAGGAAAAGAUUAUCAAUAAAUUUUAAGAAUUAUUCACGUUUGAAGAGGAAGUUAUAGAUUCAAAUUACUUAUUUCUCACUGAGUAGUUUAUUUUGAAAAUAAUUGAUUUUUAUGACAUUAUUUCCAAAUUCGUUUGAAACCUGGCUUACUUUUGGUAUUAGAAAACUACGUUGUUUUUUUUUCUGAUGGGUGAUGAAUAAUAACUUUGCAGUAUUUUUCAGUGGACAACCUUGAAAGUUUGGGUCUGUACCAUUAUAUGUAAAAUUCUUUAAUGUGUGUUCCCUUGCAGAAAACCCAGGUAACAUUAUAACUGAAAUUAACUUUACAUUAUAGCUGAAAUUCAACAAGGAAAUUUAUUUGUUGCUUCUCAUUAUGUUAAAUAGGAAUUGGAUAUGUAGAUCACUAAUGCAUUUUUAACCAUGCAUGUAUAGGAUGAAAGGUCUACCAAUAAUAAACUAACCUAAUGUAAUACCUUUUAAAACCUUUUGUCUUUAUGCAUACAAAGACAGCAUGUAAACAGUACUUAACGUCAAAAUUCAUUCAGCUUUAAGUAGAGUAUAUUUAUUUUUUGCAUUAACUUCCAUUAUCUUUCAUAGAGUCAGUACAUGAGUUUUGAAAGUAGUAGCUAUUGAUUGAAGUAGGUUUUAGCAAGUGUAACCACACCAUCUUCCCACUUCAUUACUACUUGUCUUUUUCCAGUAUUCAUUUGUGUGCAAAUUAAUUUGAUGUUAUUUCAUUUUUCAGGUCUUCCAAUUUUUGUUAUUUUUCACAAAUAUAUCAUUUGUUAAUUUUGUUUUUCCCCUCCCUUUCUCUUGUUUUUGAUUUUGUUUAGGAUCGGUUGUGCCUGCCCCUUCACAUUCUAGAAGAGAAAGGACUGGCACAGGUAGCAGUGACUAUAGAAACCCUGCUUGAGCUCGCUCCUACUAAGCAGCACCAUUAAUCAACUGUCUAGCGACUACAAGUGAUGGGCGUCACACCCAAGAAAUAUUUUGCAGCAUUAUAGAAAGUAUUCCACUUCGGUCUGCAUGGUGAUCAUAUUUAUCACAUUCUGUUUUUUUGGAAUCUGCACGAUCAUUUUCUGCCUUGUUGGCACUAGAAGCCAUUUGUUAAACAUAACUUUUUUGAUCUUUGCAUUCUGUUACUUUUAUGAAAAGGCAGCACUCCAUUUGUUUUUUGGCUUGAAUACUAUGAGCCAAGUGGUUUUCAUAGUAGCACUCAAACCAUUGAGAUAUUGCAGAAUAGUCUUAACAACAGAUUGAGGAACUAAAAUAAGAAAUAGAUUUCCCCUCAACUUGCCUCAUGAGUGGCCAGGCAACACAUUGGAUUUCUUGUUUGUGUGGUGGCCAGUUGGAUGGAAUUUGAUAGGAACAGUCAGGAUGAUCCGAGACAUAUUAGAAUAAGAAAUUCACAGUAAACAUCCACACCAGUUUUAAUUUGAUUCCAAGUUCUAAUUAGGAGUAAGACAUUCACAGUAGCAGCAGAUCUUCACAAGGUAAUAAAAUAUUUUUACUUAGUUAUCUCUGUCUGGUAAGAAAUUCUAAGGAAAUACAGAAGUACAUAAAUGUCCACUCAGUAUUUUUUAUAGGAAUGGUAUAUUUCACCGGUAGCUGAACCCCAUUAAAAAUUGUAAAAAUUCUUAUUAGAGAAUGUUUCAUGGUGAUUUUAGAAAUCCAUUUCUAGAAACUAUGCACUGACUGUACUCAAGUGGAUCAGUACAGUAUGAAUAAUUUCUGGUUUGGUUACAGGGUUUUAGUCCUUGUUAUAUAUUUUGAGGCAUAGUUGGAGAUGAUUAUACAAGACAUAUUAGAAUAAUAAAUUAUUCUAAUAUUAAUAUUACUUUCUAUUGCCUUCAAGUACAUUUAUUCUAUUCUAAUCUAAAUAGUUUAAUAGAGCUUUUAUAAUUAAUUUUUAUCAUUAGAUUUUGUUCCUAGAGUAUACAUUUAUAUUUAUGGCAAAACAACCACUAAAUAAUGUCUGGUUGCUCAGCUGUAUUUAAGUAAUGUAGUGAAAUGCACUUUAUCAUGAAGUGGCAUGAACUUCAGUGAGCUUCAUGACAUCAGGAGGAAAUCUGUAGUGUAGUCUUUCUGCAUGACCUUUAGUACCUUCACUACACUCUUGUACAUUUAUGUGAGUACUUAUCCAUCAUUUUAAAGUACUAAGUUCAAAGUAAAUUUAUUAUCAAGGUACAUAUAUGUUACCAUAUACUACCCUGAGAUUCAUUUUCUUGCAGGCAUUCACAGUAGAACUAAGAAAUACAAUAGAAUUAAUUUUUUAAAACUACACACAAAGACUGAUAAACAGUGGUUUUGACUUGAAAGGCUCUGUGUGAAGUAAGUUGUAACUGCUACUUCUGAUGGUCUAAUCUUAAACGUUAAAUUCACCCUUGCAGUAAUAGUAAACAUAAAAUUUUCAAACUCUCACUAUGAGCGAGAUAUCCUAUAUUUCAUCCUCAAACAGUAAGUGCUCACACUAACUUUUUGUUAUCUGUACCAAAGUGGCUAAUAAUACAUUUUCAAAAUGUUUUAUGCCAUUUAAACUUGGGGCUGUUCUUAAGGGAGUUCUUUUUUUUAAUCAUUUAUGACCUAAACAGAUGGAGUUUUGCCUGCACUUCCCUUUUCACAAACAACCACAUUUCAUGUCUUCUUGUUUUUAAUAUUAAACAGUUCACACUCUGUUCAAGUACAGAUUUGCUUUAAAUUAUGUUUUGAUUUUAAGCUAUACAAUAUGAUUUUAUUACCAAAGCUAAUCUCUUUGUACUGUCUUUUUCAUUGUCAUUAUUUCAAAUUUGCUAACUGGUGUCUGAUUGACUUAGUAAAACCCAUUGGCUCUCUGAAAAGUACUUGGCCUAAAUUGGAAACAGUUGAGGUGCAGAUUAACAUUGAUCACAUUAGCUAUGAAGUGAAUUCAGCGCAACAAAUCCAUUUCACAUGACGUAAUAUUUGUCAGCCAUACUUUUUGCCUCUGCAGACUUGCUGGACCGAAAAGUACAUAUAAUUCUUAUUCAUAUAAUUUUGAAAUAUUUGAAUAGUAUUGUUUUGGGGCAAUAGCCCUUUGUGUGUCUGAUAACAAAACAGAAAUAAUAUAUUUAAGAACUGACUCAUUUUCACUUACUUUUAAAAUUUGAUAGAGAAUAAGAGGGAUAAGUAAAAAAACAUCUGGGGUGAAAAUGUAUUAUAACAUUAAUUUUUGAUCAUUGCCCAUCAUGGGAUAAUUUUAGAUAGGAAUCAUUUGAUUUGAAUAAAUUUGAGACACUGGGAUUGGGAAAAGGAGGUAGUGCAGAUAAGGCUGGGUGCAGUGAGUGAGGGUUAAUUUUGAUAAGGAAACAAUAUUUUGCACAUUUAAAAAUAAUCGGCAGCAUUGUGCUGUUGGAAAGCGACGCUGCUGCAACAAAACUAUAAUUGCUGUCAGUAAUGUGCUUCUGACCAGUAAAAGCACACAAACCUAAGCAACCUAAAUAAAUCAAUCAUGUACUUUGAUUUCUAAUUGGGAGUUUCAACAAUUCAAUAGUGUUUUUCUAUUUUCAAAGUUCACAGUAAAUUUAUUAUCAGAGUACAUAUAUAUGUCACCAUAUACUUCCCUGAGAUUCAAUUUCUCAUUCCUUGAGUUAACUUGGCUUGUAAGAAGCGCAAUAGUACUGAUUUAAGGGGCAUCUUUUUUUUUAAAACGUUUUCCCAUUUAUGUGCAGUGAUGACUAAAACUCUUUUGUACUAACUAGAAUUUUCAGAAGAUCAUUGUACAAAAGCGUAUUCAUCAAACAAGUUUGAGACUGCAUAUUGGCUCGGAUCAUAACCUAACAUAGUGUGUUUGACUGCAGAGUAUUUCAUCAGCGCAGUUCAUUGACUUGAAAAGUUCACUGCUUCUCUCCAAAACUGUUACCAGACCUGCUGAACAUUUCCAGCAUCAGCAUUUUCAAUUCCAAUUUCCAGUAUAUAUGCUCUUUCUGAUCUUGUCUAUUUGUCAUUCUGUUUUUGUUUGGAGCAUCAACAUGUUUAAAAGGCAUUCACAUAAUGGAGAUUAUGAACAUUUCAAAUGAUUAGUAAUAAUAUGAAAAUAAAGGUAUGACUAUACCUGACUGCAUAAUACUGCAUUGCAGAUUAAGUUGAUUUAGUUUGUUCUCAAUACUGCACUAUCAUUAAAUGAAUCAUAUAGGAUUCUUAAUAGACUUAACUAUAACCUUGUUUCUAAGUAAAUUUACUGUACCUUGUUGCUCAUCUUUACAACAGGCAAUCAUAAAAAUUCUUGAAACGUUUGAAUAUCUUCUUGUGCUUUUUCUGUGUAUUGGCAAAUAUUAGAAUGUUUUAAAUCUAAUUCAGUACUGUAUUUUAUAGGAUGCAAUUUUUCUACAUUUCGAUCUUUUUGUGGCACUUACUGGAAAUAAUGGAAUAUCUAAUUCACUUGUAUUCAGCAGGGAUAUAAUGUUAAGUCACUGACCUAUGAAUCAGGUUGGAACCACUUUUAUGCCAGGAGUAAACUGAGAUGUAUCAAGUAAUGUAGACAUGUUUUUGCUGGACCAUUUUGAAAUUGACUGAAACUGACAAAUAUAGGAAUGAAUAAUUUCCAAAGAAGUUAACUGUACAUCCCAACUAGUAGGAACCAGUACCUAAAUGUUUGUGAUGAACAUACAUGGAAGAGUUUUUGCUUUUCAUUUGUAGAUUGUUGUAAAUACUUCUGUAGCUGCUCAGUUAUGAUUAUUUGUACACAAAUUUGGGUGUUUUAUGUUCAUAUUCUCUUUUAAAUGUGACAUUUUGUCUGCUGAGAGCAGCUAGAGCUGUCGUUUGUGUUCCUACAUCCACAGAGACUUGAUGUGUAUUGUUCAAUUAUGUCCCAGAGUAGACCUACUAAAAACUUGGUGGCCUUGGCUCUAAAUAUAUUGUAUAGAUAACUGUUAUGUAAAAAGGCAUGUUUUGUCAACUCCACUUUAGUUGUAACUGUCACCUUUGUACAUAUGUAUAACAUACAUUAUAGGUUUAUGAGGCUUUUGUGAUAAAUAAAGAUUGUAUA